AUGAUGUACACUUCGCUGUACGUGUCCGGUGCCGCUGCGAAGCUGGGGUCCGCAAUGCUGGCCUUGACGUGUAUCGCGUUCUUCGUCAUGCUCCUGUGGCUGUCCUGGGAGGUGGAUGGGCAUUCCCUCGACGAGAUGAAGGAUGAGACGCCACUGAUGAAGAACGUCAUCUCCAUUCUGCAGUCUAAUUGGGUGAAGGCGGUCGCUGUUGGAGGCAUGAAUGUCGUGAUCCCCUUUCUCGUAAUUCUUGAUCAGGUGCGCCAGCAGGUGCGGAAGAGCUGCACCAAUUACUACGGCGGGGAGGGCGCGAGCGAGGGGAGCGCCCACUGGCAGACGCCGUCCGGCAGGCGGCUGCGGGAGUGCCUGGAGAAGUGGGACUGGACAGACAUCUUUGGCAAGGUCUGCGUGCUGGCAGAAAUAUUCAUCCUGCUAGCGGUCGGCUCGAAGGCAACAUUCAUCUUCUUCUCCUACCUGAACGGGGAGAUCGAGGCGGCGGGUCUAGAGAUAGGCGCCAUCUUCGCGAUGGUGUGGGCAAUCGGGCUGUUGAUGUUCUUGAACCCCAUCGUCCCUGGGAGUGCGGUCUAUCUGUUUGCUGGUGUCGUGCUGGGAGCGCAGUCACAGAAAGAGGGUUCCGUCGGCAUUUGGGUCGGCCUGGUGCUGGCAUGCGUUGCGGGAAGCGGGGCGAAGUUAUUGGCGUGCAUUGGCCAGUAUUCGCUCGGCUACUUUAUGGGCAAAUCUGUGAAAGUGCAGCAUUUCGUUGGCGUAACCAAGGUGGGCGUCUUGGCGACGGAGGCGGUGCUCAAGGAGGAGGGGUUCAAGCUGUUCAAGGUUUGCAUAUUGGUGGCGGGCCCUGACUUCCCAACGAGCGUACUCUGCGGCAUACUCCAGCUGAACAUUCCUGGGAUGCUUCUUGGCACAUGUCCAGUCAUCCUGGUGAGCGUCAUCCCACAAACCCUCGUGGGGGUGCUGUUAACCAAGGAGGGCGCCACCGAAGGAGUGUGGAGCAUGAUCGCCACUGUAGCCACAGGGAUUGCUGCUGCUUGUCAGGUAGGCGCCACUCUUCUCUUCGCAUACGGCAUAAUGCAGCGAGUCGAGGAAUCGGGGGAUCAGCUUCUCGAAACGCAUCGGCCAGAGCAUGACGAGGUACGGAAGCUGGAACAGAAGGAAGCUGAGUACGUGAAGAAGUACGCUGAGAUUUCCAACUGGGGGCAACUAGGCACGCAUGUGCGCGCGACACUUCUGGGGACAGUGGCGCUGUUCUUGCUCUCCGGCUUCAUCGUUGCCCUCGACAGUAUGGCGACAAAGGAAGAGGAGCAGGAGCAGGAGGAAACGCAUGAUGAUGAUGAUGAUGAUGAUGAUGAUGAUGGUGAUGAUGGUGAUGAUGGUGAUGAUGAUGAAUGUGGUGGUGAUGACGAUGGUGGUGGUGAUGAUGAUAAUGGUGGUGGUGGUGAUGAUGCUGCCGAUGGAUGCUGA